AUGAAAGGCCCCAAACCAUUCGGCUUUCUGGCUCUCAGUGUGCCCGCUCUGUUUCGCCUCGACCUCGUGGGCGCUCAAUACGGCAACUUUCCGGCUACCGGUGACAACGGUGACAACGGCGGCAUCUUCGGCGUCGGCCCAGACAUCUUUCUGAGCGGCUUCAUCUCGCCGGACAAGAUCUCUGGCACUCUCAGCUUAGGCUCUCAGUCCCCGCCGCUGAGCCAAGUCAUCCCCAGCGUUGGCCAGGUGCUCUUCUCCGACGCCUCGCCCGGAGGCACGGGGCCUUAUCCGGCGCGCUGGUUCACAGAGCCAGAUCUGCCGGCGCACACCAUCUACGCGCCGGCAGCGCCGCCGAAAGAUGGCAAGGCAAUGCCCGUCGUGGUUUGGGGCAACGGGUUCUGCAUAAACGUGGGCAACUCGUACCACCCGUUCUUACAGGAGAUAGCCAGCCACGGGUACCUCGUCAUCGCGAACGGGCCUCCGCUCGCAGCCAUCGAGAUGAACUUCGAAGACUUCCUGUCCUCCGAGGGCAUAGCCUCGCAUCCCAGCCAGCAGACCCAAGCAAUCGACUGGGUGACGGCAGGGAAGGCUGGCAGGUACGGCAACAUCGACACCAAGCACAUCGCCUCGGCGGGGCAGAGCUGCGGCGGACAGGAAGCGUACUCGUCCAGUUAUCACGAUACUCGUGUCGUCUUGACGAUGCUUUUCAACUCCGGCGUCUUCAUCCCCUCGCGGCGAUACUUGCUCAAGGCGCUCACUGCGCCCGUCGGCUACUUCUGCGGCGGGCCCAUCGACCUAGGCUAUGCGGUUUCGCUGGCCGAUUACGCGCUGCUUCCGGAAGGUCUUCCCGCGGUUUGGGCCAGCCUGGACACGGGACACACGGGCACAUACUGGGGAACGAACGGUGGAAAGGACGCUCAGGCUGCAGUCGCUUUCUUGGACUGGUGGUUUAGAGAAGAUCAGAUAGCGAAGCAAAAAUUCGUUGAUCCCGGAUCGGCCGGAAGUCUAGUCAGCCAGGACUGGAAUGUUACCAUGAAGAAUAUAGAUUGAGCAGCGAAGAUAGCUUUCCUUAUUCAUGACGUCUUCAUAAUGUACUAGAUAUGACCAACAUAUAUAUUGAGUUGUCAAGUGGAAUGAAUAUGGUAAGAUCUUGGCAGAACUCGCAGCAGAUAAGAGAUCUAAAGGUUGGGUCCAAAAGAGCCA